UGCUUUUCACUUGUUCUUCCACUUUCUUCGACGACAACAAAACAAAUUUGACAUUUGUACACUCGAGCAGGAUUUUUCUACACGAAUUUAAAAGAGUUUAUAGUGAAUGAAGUUUUUGAAAAAUUCUGCUGAACGGGUACUGGAAUACGAUUGCUUGAAAUGGCUGGGAAUUUCUGGCAGAGUUCUCACUCGCAGCAGUGGAUACUAGAUCGGCAGGACCUCAUACGCGAGAGACAAUAUGAUCUGCAAGUGCUUAGUGAGGAUGAGUAUCAAAAGAUAUUCAUUUUCUUCGCUAACGUCAUACAAGUACUGGGCGAACAAUUGAAGCUACGGCAACAGGUUAUUGCUACAGCGACUGUUUACUUCAAACGAUUCUAUGCACGAAACUCUCUAAAAAACAUCGAUCCAUUAUUGUUGGCUCCUACGUGCAUAUUGCUCGCUUCUAAGGUAGAGGAAUUCGGGGUUAUAUCAAAUUCCCGUUUAAUCACUAUUUGUCAGUCUGUGAUCAAAUCGAAAUUCAGCUACGCCUAUACACAAGAGUUCCCUUAUCGGACAAAUCAUGUUUUGGAGUGCGAAUUCUAUUUGCUUGAAAACUUGGACUGCUGUUUAAUUGUCUAUCAACCAUAUCGUCCACUACUGCAAUUAGUACAAGAUAUGGGACAGGAGGAGCAAUUGCUAACUCUAAGCUGGCGCAUAGUCAAUGAUUCUUUGCGUACAGAUGUAUGCUUGCUAUAUCCUCCGUACCAGAUUGCGAUCGCGUGUUUACAAAUUGCUUGCGUUAUACUGCAAAAGGACUCUAUGAAGACCUGGUUUGCCGAACUCAAUGUGGACUUGGAAAAAGUGCAAGAAAUUGUGCGUGCAAUUGUAAAUCUUUACGAACUCUGGAAGGAUUGGAAAGAAAAAGACGAAAUACAAAUGCUUUUGAGUAAAAUUCCAAAACCGAAACCUGCGCCUCAACGAUAACUUACAGGCCGAGAGCAGUGAAUUCCGAUUCUAACUUUUUUAAUAAUAUACAAUUUAAGUAAUUGUGUUUCUAUAAGUGAAAAAUGUAUUCUGGUAAUUAUUUAUAUUAAACAUUUAUAUAGUGUAUAAACUCAAA